AUGGCGGUGCCCAUCGGGCGCGCCGUGGCCGUGGCGCACGACGACGCCGUGCCCGCGGCCGUCGCGUUCUACAGUAGCCGGGACGCGGCGAAGAUGCGGUCCCAGGUCGCGAGCGCCCAGGCGGCCCUCGCGGCCAUGCGGAACAUCCGGGAAGCCGUGUCGCCCGUCGUCGUCGCGAGCGCGACCCCGGCGAAGGCGCUGCGCUUCUCCGGCGCGCGGCGCAGCUCGCGGGCCGCGUCGCCGCCGGCGAGCGGCCUCGUGGGGCGCCUCAUGUCGCAACUCGCGCGGAGCCCCGCGUGGACGCCCGCGACGCCGGUGACGCCCGACAGCGACGUCGAGGCGGAGAUCUUGAAGGGGCUCGACUGCGGCCGCCGCUUCUGGGACGACGGCGCGCCGCGCCCGCCGUCGCCCGUGCCGCUCGUGCUGUCGCCCGCGCUCGCGGCGUCGCCCGCGCCGUCGUUCGGCGAGGCGUCGGACGCGGCCGCGAACUCGGACCACUACUUCUCCGAGGAGGGCCUCGACCGCGCCCACGGCGACGUCGACGACGACGGCUUCUCCGAGGAGCUCAACGACUACGAGUCCGUCGACGUCGACGACUUCGGCGCCGGAUCGGACUACGAGUCGAGCGACCUCGACGACCCCGCGGACGACGAGGACCGCGUCUUCCACUUCACGCUGCCCCCGGCGGCGGUGCUCGACGACAGCGAGGUCGAACUCAUGGACGACGCCGAGGACGCGCGCGGUUUGGACGCGCGCGACGCGCGGCGCGACGGCGGCGACGCCGCGGACGCGUCCUACGAGGCCGCGUGCUUCAGCGACGCCGUCGACGCGCCGGCGGCGCUCGUCGCCUACUACGCCGACUCGGAGGAGCGGGAGGACGCGCCCGCGUUCCUCGCGCCGCCCCCGGCGGCGACGCGCGCCUACGACGCCUACGACCUCGACGCCGUGCACCGCAACCGCCUCGGCGGCCUGUCCCUGGCGCCGGCCGUCGCGGCGGCGCUGCGCGUCGUCUGCGUCAUCGGCGAGGUCGCGGGCCCCGACGGUGCCUACAGCGCCGCGCGCGUCGUCGAGGACGCGCUCCUCAAGCGGUCGCUGACGCUGCGCGACGCCGCGGCGCUCGCGCGCGCCGGCGGCGCGAAGGUCGUGCUCUACCACAACCCGCGCGGCACGAACCCGCGCGGCGCGGACUCGUGCCUGGGCUACGGCGACGCCGAGAAGCGCGCGCGCCUCGAGCGCGACGACGGCACGCUCGCCUGGUACGAGGCCGCGACGCUCGCGGCGCGCGCGGCCGCGGGCGCCGCGGAGAUCCGCGUCCGGGGCCGCGGCGCGGGCCUCGCGGCGCGCGGGAACCGCGACGGCCGGCGGCGCCUCGACGACCCCUGCCCCGUCGCCGCGAGCGACCCGGCGGCGCUGGACCGCGAGGCGAGCUUCUGCGACCGCUCCGCGGAGCGGCGCGGCGUGCUCCGGCGGCGGUCGCUCGUGGCGGUCGACGGCGAGGUCGCGACCGUCGUAUCGACGCGGAGCGGGCCCAACGGGACCUGCGUGCUCGCGCUCCGGCGCGACGGCGCCGCGCCGACGGGCGGCCGCCGCGCGGCCCCCGCGGGCGCGGCCGUCCUGGCGCCCGCGUUCCUCGACGGCGGCGUCCUCGACGGCGGCCGCGACUGCCUCUACGCGCCGCCGCAGUACGCCUUCGACUACGCGUCGCCCGCCGCGGCGGCCUGCGUCGCGGCCUACGCGUCGCGCGAUCAAGCGCUGGGCCUGGACGGGACGUGGUACGACAACCUGGGCGCGAACGUCUACGGCGCGUGCGACGCCGACGGCGCGGCGCUCCACACGGCGGAGCUCCGGCCCGCCUUUCGCGCGCGCGCGGCCUGCGGCGAGAGCGCGCGCGCGUGCCUGCGGACCGCCUUCGCGGGCCACGACGAACGGCGGGAGAAAUGCAACCGCCGCGAGUUCAAGCUCUGCAAGCUCGAACGGUCCGCGGCGGCGCAGCGCGCGCGGCUCGCCGCCGCGCGCGCCGCGGCGGGCAACGGCACGGCGCUCUACGCCAACGGCCUCAAGCACAGCUACUACUGGCGCGCGGCGCAGAUCGGCGAAAUAUCCGCCGCGUACCUCAAAGACCGCGCGGCCCGCGACGCCGCGCGCCUCGCGACGCUCGACGCGGACCUCCGCGACGCGGCGUGGGCCGUCGCGACCCACGCGCCGCCGGCGCCCUUCGCAGCCGCGCCGGCGCAGAGCGUCCUCCACUACGAGAUGGACGCGACGCAGGACCACCUCGGCGACGCGUCGCUCGACGGCUUCAACAUGGAGUCCUUCUUCGGCUUCAACGAGGCCGAGGGCGACGGCUGCGGCUCCUGGCUCGGCGGCGGGGGCGCGGCGCCGCUCCUUUUUUUCGGCGACGUCGCGUCGAAGACGACGCGGCCGCCGGCGGAGUUCUGGCGCGCGAACGUGCGCGUCGCCGCCCACGCGGCGGCGCGGCGCUACGGCGUCCUCGUCAAGGUCGGCCAGGCGGGCUGGAAGACCGUCGCCCAGGAGCACCAGCGCGACGGCGAUGUGCACGGCUGGGCCCUCGCGUACUGGGCGUCGUUCCUCCUGGCCGUGCGCGACCCGUCUGGGCCGCUGGCGCUCGGCGUCCACCCCUUCCACCGCGGGACGACGGGAACCGUCGCGCCCUGGCUCCACCCGGUUCUGUUCCUCGACGUCGGCGCGCCGCGGGAGACGCGGGAUUUGUUGGAGGCGUACCGCGUCCCGGAGCACUUCACCUACCGGCGCGUCUUCGACCGCGGCGUCGCGCUCUACAACCCGUCGGACCUGGUGGACCUCGACGUGCCCCUGGGCGGCGCCUACGUCGACCCCUGGGACUUUCGCUGCGGCGCCGCGGACCGGGUGACGCUCGGGCCCCGGCCCCGGUCGGGCGCGGUCCUCUUCGACGCGGCGCUCCUGGCCCCCGACGACCGCCUCGGCUUCUGGGCCGCGGGCGGCGGGGUGGUGGCGCUCGUGUCGGCGGCGCUGCGGAGCCGCGGCUCCGGCGCGGGGAAGGACGCGUAA